AGGUGAAAAUAAGUGUUCUCUGACAAAUGUUGAUGCUGAUAAUGAUGAUGAUGAUGAUGAUGACAAUGAAGAAGUCAGCAUUGAUGAUGUCAACAAAAGCAGGAGUGGAAAUGUCAUGCUGACUGAGAUUGCUAACUCAUUGAAUGAGAAAUAUGACGACGUCGGAGAGGAUGAAAAUUAUAAGGUGAACAUGAGGAACAUUGUUAUGGCAGUUCAAGCCAAACCUGCUUGGAAUAUUAGCUUAACAUGCAAAGUGUCAUCUUCACCCUCGUCACCGUCAUCAUCAUCAACAACGACGCAACUGAAGCGCGGGAAAAUUUGCAAUGGCGCCAAAUACAAUGACGUCAUUUCCAUGUCUUCAGGGAUUUCCAUCCUGCCUCUGAUGUGUCGGGUCAAAAAAACCCUUAGAUUCAUUACAUUCAAUCUACUGCUCGCAGUCGGAGCAAUGGCUUCAAUCAUUGGAUUGAUCUGGUUGGCCAUUCAACUGAAGAAGAGCCAUGAUAGGAGGAAGAGAGAUAUUCAUAAGAUGGCCAAUGAAAUUAUCGAAUUGUUGCAGAAGCAUUCAGUCCUAAGUAGGAAGGAUUCCAAGGUGAAACCAUUCAUCCCGCUGUCCCACGUCCGCGAUGCACUCAUCCCGAUGGCUGACAGGAAGAAGAAGAUGUCCCUCUGGAAUAGAGCCAUCAGAUUCAUAAGUGAGAAUGAGAGUCGAGUAGAACAAGACGUCCAGAUGAUAAACGGCGAAGAAGUGGCUAUCUGGAAAUGGGUGGAGCUUACGGUGGAUCCAAUCUUCAACCAAGUGCCACCGACCGACUCAACAACAACAGCAGCAGCAACAAUAACAUCAGCAACAUCUCAACAAAAUCAACCAACAACAAUAAAAAAAUCGUUGUCGACAUCAUUCUCAUCAGCGUCGUCAUCAUCAGCAGCAUCGUUUUUACCAUCGUCGUCAUCAUUCUUAUCUAAAUCAUUCAACGCUGCUGCUACUACUACUUCCUACACGGCAAAAGCUACGUCGGCCUGCUUCAAAAUUCUCAACAUCAUUAAUGAUGAUGAUGGCGAUGGUGAUGAUGGCAAUGGUGACUAUCAAGAUAUUCAAGAUACUGAUCGUGGUCGACAUUUCAAUUCUUACGAGAAACAAUUGGGCAAGAGAAAUUAUCUCCCUCCCCUGCUGAAAGAUAGCAUUUUGGAUACCUGUGGACAGUAUCACGGGAUACUUCAUAUCGGAUGCGAUCGAGUGAUGGAGCCGGGGGCAGUCUUUGUUAAAUGUGUCAGCGAAUCAGCAGCCAGUCAGAACUAUAAUACAUUACACGGAUGGGUCUAUGAAGGUCGAUUGGUGUCCGUGAAGUACGUAACUCCUUUGGCCUACAAAAUGAUAUUUCCAGACGUCGCCGACUACAUGGUGCCGCUGAAGUCUGCGGCCCAGAGGAGGAGGAGCCUAAGUCGAGAAAGAAAUAACUGAAGGAGCUUCUGAAUAUUAAUGAGAUGUUAAUUAGAUGGUGGAUUAUUGUUUUUGUAUAGUAUUUAGUUGUUGGUUAAUUUUGCUAAAUUGAGUGAUGUUGAUAAACUAUUACUUGGUAGAAAUUAUGUACUGGAUUGAAUAGUUGGUUGAUUAAUUGUUAUCAUUAUUUUGUUAUAUAUAUAUAUAUAUAUAUAUAUAUAUAUAUAUAUAUAUUAUGUAUGAUACAUACAGUGAUGUAGAUGAUGAUAAUAUUAUAAUGAUGGAUAGUGAUGUAGAUGACGAGAUGGUAACAGCAGAAGUGAUGAUAAUAAUGAUAAUGCUUAUUAACCGUGUAUAAAAAAACAGCUGACCGAAAUUUUUUAUCUAAUUAAUUAAUCGAUUGAUUGAUUGAUGAUUGAUUGAUUGGUUAAAAUUUCAUUAUUUGAUUAGGUGUUUUUAACAGUUUGAUCGAAGUUUAUAUUAUUAUUAUUAUUAUUAUUAUUAUUAUUAUUAUUGACGCCUUUAACUUCUCUUCAGAGCUUAAUUAGCUUAAUUAAAGAUAUAAUUCAACUCGUUUUUAAUGGUUCUCUUUGGCAAAAUUCAAAAUUAGCUCUAACUAAUAAAUGCAGUAUGGC